AUGACAAAAAAUAGUGAGACUACUGAUUUAUAUUCUCGUAACAAUAAAAUCAAAGCGAAAAAGCAACAAACUGAAAAGAGGAAGAAUGGAGUUGAGAAGAAUCAAGAUCUUAUUAUUAUAACAGUCAGCUACUUGCCACGUCACAGUACUCACCUCUUAUCAAUCUCAACAGCAAUUAUUAGAACUCACAAUGGUCAUAUCCUUUACAAUCUCCGGUCAGCAUCAUCUCGAUUGCUUCUGAAUAAAUUAGAUUCAAGUACUUAUGGCUCCUUAGAGUAUGAAGCCGCAAUGGAUGAAAUUGGAAUUGCCAAUCAAGGUAAACAUUAUGACCAGGUCGACAUGAAAUUAACAGAGGAGCAACGCGCAACCUUCAAAUCUCUCAACAGCAAAAGUCGAAACAAAAGAUCAUUAUAUGAUAAAUUAUACGACGUUAGAUGGCCUGAAGCUGUAGUUCCCAUUACCUUUAGUUCCGAUUUUGGUGAGGCGGAAAAGGCAACAAUAAAAAAAGCCAUGAGGACGAUCGAAAGUGUUUCUUGUGUUCGAUUUAAGGAAUACACCCCAGGCUUUGCUCCAUUUCACCAUGUAUAUAUCAAUAAAGGCACGGGUUGCUGGUCAUACAUUGGUCGAACUCAUUUGGGAAAGCAAGAAUUGUCGUUGGGUUUCGGAUGUGUCCAAGCAGAUCUUGCUAUUCACGAACUUUUGCAUGCUCUUGGCUUUUUUCAUGAGCAAUCAAGGCAAGAUAGAGAUCAAUAUGUCACCAUCAAGCAUGAAAAUAUUAGACCAGGAUAUGAAGAUGAGUUUAAGAUCUCUGAAUACUCUUCCAAAGACGGAUUGGGCGUUAAAUACGAUCCUGAAUCCAUUAUGCACUAUGGAAGAUUCACUUUCUCAAAAAAUCGAUGGAGUUUACCAACUAUUGAGUGGAAAUCCAAUCCAAACCGAAAGUUAGGAGGAAAAAAAAUGACUGCGUCAGAUAUCCUUCAGUUAAAUCUCUAUUACGAAUGUAAAGGUUAUGAGAAAACAACACGUCCAACAGCUAUCACGACAACAACCACACGUCCUACGACUACCACAACGACAACAACACGUCCAACGACUACCACGACGACAACAACACGUCCAACGACUACCACGACGACAACAACACGUCCAACGACUACCACGACAACAACCACACGUCCAACGACUACCACGACGACAAAAACACGUCCAACGACUACCACGACGACAACAACACGUCCAACGACUACCAGGACGACAACAACACGUCCAACGACUACCACGACAACAACCACACGUCCAACGACUACUACGACGACAAAAACACGUCCAACGACUACCACGACGACAACAACACGUCCAACGACUACAAGGACAACAAAAACACGUCCAACGACUGCCACGACGACAAAAACACGUCCAACGACUACCACGACGACAACAACAGGGUCAACUAGCAGAACGACAACUACACGUCCAACAACUACUACAACGACGAAAUUUAAAACAAAGACGGCACAACCAACAACGACCAUAAAGACGACACCUAAGGCGAUGACCACAAUAAGACCAACAACAAAAUCUUCAAAAGUAUGUGGAGAUGAAGUUUAUUUAUGUUCGAAAGUAUUUGUAAACCGAGCUAUCUGUGCAUUUGGAAGAUUUUGCAGACGGUCGUGUGGAUUAUGUUCAGGCCCAAGAGAAAACAUGUGUGAUCUUCUCGUCAAUGCAAUAAAUGUUGGUUGUAACAGUAGCAGAAGAAAGGAACACUGUGUUUCGAAGGAUAAAAAAGAAAGAAGAAGGAUGAAGCAAGAAUGCCCAAAAACAUGCUGCAUGCGUGGACAGUUUUACGAAUAA